AUGGCCAACGUGCGGGUCUCGUGCGACGCGUCUCUGCACGCGUCUCACACCACCCUUCCAAGUUCGCUCCCCCCGCCACCCCGGCUCCCUCGCAUCCGACAGGCGCAAGACCACCCGUCCAUCAUGGCCGUCGACAUGGACGCGGUCAAGGAGACCACCCUCGGCCUGAUCGCCCAGAUAUUCGCGGCUGGGGAGCUCGAGUGCGUGCCCCAUCUGAAAUCCACAUACGUGCGCGUCAGCCCAGCUGCGGCGCCACACGAAGAAGACAUGCGGCGGCUCGUCGAGGAGAAGAUGGGCUUCGACGAGGGCGCGCUCGACGUGCCGGAGCACAAGGCGGCCGUCUCCGCGCUCAUCACGGAGGGCAUCGUGAGCGGCGCGGUCUGUGCUCUCGUGUGUACCGGUGCUGAGGUGCUGUUCUACGCAGCAGAAGCAUGUGGAGCAGGAGACGAAGAGGAAGAGCCGAAGGCAAAGGACAAGAACAAGGCGAAGGCGAAGCAGACCAAGCCAAAUGCUGAGAAGCCUGCCAGAGUCAAGGCGGCCGCGAAGGCCAAAGCUAAGGAGAAGGAGAAGGAGAAUGGGGCACGAAGGCAAGAAGCGGUCUGCGGCGGCACCGAAGGCGAGCUCGAAGCAAAGCGGCGCGUCGUGAGCGAAUCGGAGGACUCUGGCGCAGAUGAACCUUCUGAACCACCCGCGAAGCGACAGAAGACCGCAUCACCGGAGCCCAUCCUCGCAAAAGGAAAUGAGAUGUAG